AUGACUGACGAAGAGCGCCGUCCUAAACGUUCUCGUUUCGACCAAACCACUCCGGAGCCUCGGCGCCAGUCGCGGUUCGACCGUCGUUCUCGGUCCCCUUCUUCGCGACAGUCGGAAGCCACUCGAACCCGCAGCCCACUCAGUCGCGAACCCCGGAGUCCUGGUGCAAGCAAUAAAGCGGACCCUGUCGCCGCAGCCGCUGCUGCCGCCGCCAAAAUCAAUGCCCAGUUGCAAGCUAAGAAAGGAAUCCAACAUGUUGAUGUUCCUCCGAUUCGCGCCACAUCCAGCCCAUCCCAACCAGCUACCCCAUCCGGCGGUGAUGCGAAGUUGAAUGCAGAGAUCUACGUUGCGGACGGUGAUUAUAUCAGGGACAUAGAGAUCAAUGAUUUGCGAAAUCGGUAUACACUGACAAAAGGAUCCACACAAAAGAUGAUUAAAGAUGAAACUGGCGCCGAUGUCACCACCCGAGGAAACUAUUAUCCCGACAAAAGCAUGGCCACUGCAGCGAACCCUCCGUUGUUCCUUCAUGUCACGAGCACAUCCAAAGAUGGCCUUGAAAAGGCCGUUGAACUGAUUGAUGAUCUCAUGAAGAAGGAGCUACCUAACUUAGUGGACGAACGACGGUUCCGCCGCCGGGAACCGGAACAGGUUGAGCGAGAUGAAUUUGGUCGUCGUAAAUGGCCGGAAGAGAAAAUCCUCGUUGCUCUGGAACCAAUUCCCGGGUUCAACCUUCGUGCGCAAGUAGUUGGACAGGGUGGUGCCUACGUGAAGCACAUUCAGCAGAAAACAAGAUGCAAGGUUCAAAUCAAAGGCCGCGGAUCUGGCUUCAUGGAGCCUAGCACUGGCCGGGAAAGUGACGAUCCGAUGUACUUACAUGUGGCGGGCCCCGAUCCGAACGAAGUCCAAAACGCAAAGGAGCUAUGCGAGGACUUGCUGGCCAAUGUUCGGGAACAGUACCAGAAGUUCAAGGAGAACCCACCCCAGCACAACUACGGCGGCUACGGCCAGCGCGGGGAGCGCCACAACAAUUACGGCGGUGGCUACGGCGGUGGUUACGGGGCUCAGAGCCAGCAAUCGCCCCCUGCGUCGGCUAGCCCAUCGGCGCAAGGAACUCCGGGAGCGACAAAUGCUGUCGACUACAGUGCGCAAUACGCUCAAUACUAUGGAGCUGAUCCGUACGCAGCAUAUGGUGGUUACCAGAACUACGUCGCCUACUACCAGUAUUACCAGCAAGCUGCACAACAACAGCAGCAGCAGCAACAACAGUCUCAGAGCCCAGCUCCUCCACCUCCCCCAGCAUCUGAGGCCCCCCCUCCCCCGCCACCGGGGUCAGGAUCUCCCCCACCGCCCCCUCCCGGUGGCAGCUACAGCGCUGUCCCACCACCACCAGGACUCUAA